CUCUGUCUGUUGGACAGCCAACAUAUCUUUGCUUCUAACAACAAAACCAGCUUGUCGCAAGGGGUUCAAAAUAGGGUAGUCCGCGAUUCCCAAGUUUCAUGGGCUUUCGUGUCCAAGGCACAUGGUCCAGUGCCCACCAUGGCUCAAAUGUAUGCUGACGUGCCACUUGCGAUCCUGCACACACCACAGUUCGAGACUGGCGAGACGGACCCUUUCACUGUCGAGGCAUCUCACAUGGUGCUGAGCCAUAACUCAUUUAUCCGCGGUUUUAAUAGCAUAUACCAGCAAGCUCCUCGUGUAAAGGCUGCAGACAAAGCCGAUUUCGUGGAGUACUGCAUUGCCUGGCACGACUGCGUUGACGCGCAUCAUCACUAUGAAGAAACCGAGCUUUUUCCAAACAUCAAUAAAGCUUGUGGCAGGACUGAUUUAAUGAGUGCUGCCGUAGAGGAGCAUGCUACCUUUUUCGGUGGCAUGGGAAGAAUGAAAGCUUAUCUGCAACAGGAAGGAGCUAAUUUUAACGGUGACGAGCUAAUCGCUAUCUUGGACUCUUUCAAAGAUGCUUUGCACUCUCAUCUUAAAGCAGAGCCCCCUGCGAUUGUGGCUCUCAAGGAGUAUAGCACAGCGGAGAGACCAAUCGACAUCCUAGGCAUUGCUGAUGCAGCUGGAAAAAAGCAAGUCAACAUGAGCUUCGUGUUGAAUGUCCUACCCGUGUUUCUUCUCAAUAUGGAGACCGCAGACUUUGAAGAGGGCAUGUGGCACGACGUAUUCCCGCCUUUCAAAGGUGUUGUCAAGUGGGUUUUGACUAAGGCUGUUCCAGCAUGGCAUUCAGGUAGAUGGCGAUUUGUGUCGUGUUCCCCUGAUGGGAGCGUUAAGCAGUUGGCUGUUUGACAUGUACUAUGAACGCUAGUUCACCAUGUGCAUAGUCAUACAAGGCUUUCUUCGGACGAAGGUUGAUGUUUACUAAGUAGUAUAACGCAUAGUAAUUUAGUUUGGGGUCUCUGAACUGGGCCACGCAUAUAUUCUCUGAUCGUUCAUAU